AUCUCUCCUCCUCCCACGUUAUAUGGCCAUGCUCGGUGAAAUCCAACACUUUACGUUGGCCGACCCAAGAUGGCGAAGCUCUACGAACUUAGAAAAUAUUUUCGGAGGGAAGAUACAUAGGAAAAAACAGUCCAAAAGGUAGAUUUCGUGGCGUUUUCUCUUAUAUCGACUCCCUUUGUUGAGGGAAAUUAAUAAAUCUCAGAAGAAAAACUUGGAUAUUGACAGAGUUUGGGUAUCCCUCCACCUCCUCCUUCUCCUCCUCCUCGUAACUCCUUAGUUGUGGACGUUGUUAUUACUUCUGCUGCCAGAAUGCUUAUUCUUCUCAUCCUAUUAUGGCUAAACAGGAGAGAUCACAAAUGUUGGAAGAGUUUGUCCAAGAAACUGGCUUGGAUCGAAGAUUUGCUCAGAAUGUCUUGCAAGAAAGUAACUGGUGUCUCAAGGAUGCACGUAAAAUUCUGCAGCCUCUUACUAUAACGGAAGCCAGUGUGCAUCCGUACCAACCUCAGUAUGGAGUCGAGAGGCAAGCCAACACGACAGUUCCUGCUCCUCCUUCUUCUCAUGUGUCAAUGGCCAGCAUGAGUCGAGCGCCCCGUGGUGGUGGGCGUACUUCAGCUCUGGCCCCUACCACAGCCCAGCAUUAUUACGAUAGUGCUGUCGCUUGCCUGGAAUCAAACAAAGACUUACCUUCCUCUCGUUCUCCCUAUUGCACAACAGAUGGCAGUGCCACGACUGCUGCUGCUCCUACGGGUGGCAUACACAGAGCAGUCAGUGGGGCUCCGCUCUCACAGGGUACCCCUUCAGCUUUCAGUAACGGGGCAGUACUACGCCCCUCGGCAGGAGGUAUCAGCUCAAGGCAAAUGUACUCUGUUGAUUAUGAUUUCAAUGAAAGUAGGAGAUAUGGCCCCGUUAAAGGGGGCGCUAUCGAACGGACUGUUCCUAUUCAUAUCGAGAAAGGGUACGGCAGCAACCACUCGGCUACCACUUCCUCCACAACUAAUAGGACUGCAACGUUGAGCAACAGCCCAGCAAACAGCCACUUUUACCCUAUUCAGGACUCUCUCCCUAAAGUGACCAGCAACUCUCAGGAUAUCAGUUUGUCCAGUCAAUGUGAUGGUCAGCAGCAGGCAAACAGCAGUGACCACCACAAGCAGGGAACAUCUCCAUCGCUUGGACAAGUCAACUGUCCAACUCCUGAAGCUUCUUCAGUCGAUCCACAUCACAAAUUGAAGCGUGGAAUAUCGAAUACAGUCGAGAAUGUGCCAUUAGUGAGUAAAGUCAGGAACGAUGUUCUCCAAGACAUUGAAGAAUCCAGCCAUGACCAUAUGUAUACCCAAACCUUUGUCUUACCUGACUUGUCGGUUUAUUCUGAAGAUUUCCGCAUGUUUCUGGAACGAGACCUUGUCGAAACAUCAACACUAGUUUCACUUGAACAAGCUGGCCGUUUAAACUGGUGGUCAACUGUAGGUGUUUGUCAACGUUUAAUGCCAAUGGCUACAACUGGUGAUGGUAAUUGUCUCUUACAUGCAGCUUCGUUAGCUAUGUGGGGUGUGCAAGAUAGAGAUUUGAUACUUCGUAAAGCUCUUUAUGACACGAUGACAAAGGAAAUCUAUCGAGGGGCACUGUACAGACGUUGGCGGUGGCAGCAGACCCUUCUGAACAAGGAGUCUGGUUUGAUUUUCUCUGAAGAUGAAUGGAAAAGUGAAUGGAGUAAUUUGUUGAAGUUAGCGUCUCCUAAACCUCGUUCUAUUAUGUCUACAACUACUGGCAGUGCCUCAUCUCCUUCGUCGUCCCCUUCAUCUCAAGCUAACCAAAGUUUGAAAUCACCAUCAGGCACAUCGCCUGUGGUCUAUGAAAGUUUGGAGGAAUUCCAUGUUUUUGUACUUGCUCAUGUUCUCCAAAGACCAAUUAUCGUUGUUGCUGAUACAGUUCUUCGUGAUGCUAAUGGAGAAGCAUUGGCACCCAUCCCAUUCGGAGGGAUCUACCUGCCGCUAGAAUGUGAUUGCCACACCUCGAACCACACACCACUCUUACUCACCUAUGAUGCUGCACACUUCUCUGCUCUGGUGCCCAUGGCAACUGAUUGCUACAGUGAUAAACUCUCAGAGUGUUCAGCUGCAAUUCCUCUGGUUGAUCCUAAUUUUGAACUUCUCCCAAUCCACUUCCCGAAUGAUCCAACGGAUAAAAUAAACUGGAAGAUGCACGAAAAGAAUCCUCAACCUUCAGAACUUGGUUUAGAUGAACGACUUCUGCUUCUACAGAACUAUUUGGAGCUUGAUUGGUUGCCAAUGACCCACCCUAAUGAAUUGGAAGACACUGAAUGUAUGGACCAGAAAUCCUGUGGCUCACACGAAUCGGAUCAGAGUGAUGUGAGUAGCUGUGGAGGUUCAGUGUCGGGGAAUACGACGGCGAAAGAGAAGAAGAAAGACUUGAAGGAGAAACGGAUGAGUCAACAGAUGCAAACAGUUGCCAAACAGUUUGGCAGCAUCGGUAAAUCAAUGGGGAAAAAACUGAAAAAGAACUUCAGCAUUGGUAAAUCGGGGAAGUUGUUACCCCCGGAAGUCGGUGAAAAGUUGAGUCGACCAACGUCGGUCGGGGGUGGGGUCACUCAAAGUACGAAACUAACUAUUAGUAUAGCCAUGUUUCUCGAGAGAGACAAAGUCCUAUGUGCCAAACUGUCAACAAACAAAACUUCAGUUCAAAAAGAACUAAUUCGUAAUUAUUUAUUCAAUGCAAAUAAAAGAUUUGAGAAAGAGGUUGAAAGUCGUCGGAAACGUGAAGAGGAAGGAUUCGGUCGCGGUGCUGUAAACCGUCGGGAGAGGUCUUGUUUACCGACCAAGUGUGUUACAACGGACUGUAAUAUGUACGGGACUGUGGAAACCUCGUAUUUGUGCUCUAAGUGUUACUCUCAGCAAAAACAGCAGGCGAUGAACCAGGAGAAAAGCAAAAGUCAGGUAGGUGGUAUUUACAAUACAUACCCUUGUCAUGGAAAAUGGUCUGAGCAGAUCCCGGCUCCCAUGUACGCACAGACGCAUAGCAAGUCCAAGUUCUUCACCAGUGCCAUGGACAAGGGGUGUAACACUAUUCCCACAACCAGUGUUGGCAUGGUAACGAGGAGUGUGCCUGAGCAGCAGCGCGGCUCCCAGACUCUGCCUGCAACAUUCGGCAAGCAACGUCCCUCUUCACUGGAAUUCUUGGCUGGCGGCGGCGGCAGUACCAACAGUUACGGGGGAGAAGACGUGGAUGCAGACCUCAACAGCGAGAUGAAACAGUUGUCGACUAACAUACCUUCACAUGAAGAUAUCACUAUUGUUACCUCUACUACUACAUCUACAUCUAUCGCAACUACUACAGUUACUAGUAGUACCACUGCGGCUACUAGUACUACUACUGUUUCUUCGUCGUGUGAGUUUACACCUGUCCAGCCUCAACUAGCGUUGAACGAGAGGGGUUUGCCGAUAGUGGUCAACAACAACCAACCCUGCUGUCGUACACCAUCUCCUGACUAUGACAACGUGGACUACCUGAGUUUUAAGAAGAACAACUUAAAUCAGGCCGAAUCGGUUAUGGAUUGCGCAAACAAAACCAGCUUGUUGUAUGUGUCAGGGGUGGACGGCGCCAACACGCCAAUUCAUUGCCUGACGAAAGGAUGCGAGUUCUACGGAAGCCUUGACAGAAAUUCUUUAUGUUCGAAAUGUUACAGAGAAAGUACCAAAUCUGAUGCCAUAUGCCAUCCAGCUAAGCCGGGUAAAAUUUGAGAUGAUAAAAAAAAACAAAAAUACAGACAUUUUUAAUUGGGGUUUUUUUUUUUCAAAUUUUGGUGAAAUAUAAAAACUUUUUUUUAAAAAACACAAACAUGAUUUUACUGUAUUGUAAAAAGGAAAAGGUUUUCUUUGAGUACCAAAGAAGUUUUGUAUUUUGUGUAUUUAUAAUUUUAUAUAUAUAUAUAUAUAUAUAUAUAUAUAUAUAUAUACAUUACAUGCAUAUUUGUGUGUAUAUAUGUGUACAUAUGUGUCUAUACAUAUACACACACACACAC